AUGUCGGUAGCUGAGCAGAAGAGUUUCGAGAGGUUCGUUCGAUUGGCACCUCCAAGGUUUGAUGUGAAGGGAUUCGCCGGUUAUCUCCAGGAGGCUACAGCCUCUCUUGUACUGUCUGGGAGUCGUCAGAAGAGUUAUGCUGAUAGGAGGGUUCGUCCCUUAGAGUUCAUGGUGGGUGAUUGCGUGUGGCUUAAAAUAUCGCCCAUGAAGGGUGUGAUGAGGUUCGGAAAGAAGGGCAAGCUUAGCCCAAGGUUUGUUGGCCCGUUUGAAAUCCUGAGGAGAGUAGGUGGAGUGGCGUAUAAGUUGGCCUUACCCCCUAAAUUGUCAGCUGUCCAUCCGGUGUUUCAUGUUUCCAUGCUUCGCAAGUACAUACCGGAUGAGUCUCAUGUGAUUUCUUAUGAUGCGGUAGAGUUGAGUUCGGAUUUGACUUAUGAGGAGGAGCCGACAGUUAUUCUAGAUAGGCGGCUUCGUAGACUCAGGACCAAGGAGGUCGCUUCGGUCAAGGUGCAGUGGCAGCAUCGGCCUGCUGAGGAGGCGACUUGGGAGUUAGAGUCUGAUAUGCAGGCUCGAUACCCUCAGCUUUUU